UACAGUUUUUGUUGCAGCAGUACUAGACAAAGCAUACUUUUUCUGCUUCUGCUUCGGUCGAAGCUUGCUGACUUUAUGCACAUCCUUCCAUCUACAACUAAAAUCCACUGCUAUAUAGAUAAUACAAAUGGUAUAAGAACACUGUAUACAAGUCGCCUCCAAAUUGCUACCGUUAAAUAUAGUGAUACGGGUCUGUUACGGUAGCAUCAGUGAAAAGCUAUGUUUGACAUCGCGUACCGAUGAUGCUACUAAUCAGAGCGAGCUGAUCCAUAUGAAUUAUCGAAGGUUUUGUCCCUCAAUUUUUUAAUGCCCCGUCGACACGAACUUUUCUCCUCUGCUAUUGUUUCAACAUGGAAAUUCCCAUAUCAACAACGCUAUUAAAAGAUUUCAAAGCAACCAAAACAUUCAAAGAUAAUCAGAAACCCAUUACAUCGAUAUGUUUUAAUGACACGGGCGAUCUAUGUGUUACCUCAGCACAAGACGAGAGCUUAAAUGUAUAUGAUUGCAAGGAUGGCGAAAAGCGAUCGACUCUUUUUAGUAAAAAGUAUGGCGUUAAUUUGGCAAGAUUUACACACGCAAGCAGCAAUGUUGUAUAUGCUUCCACUAAAGAAGAUGAUACGCUACGUUACCUGUCUCUACAUGAUAAUAAGUAUAUCCGCUACUUUCGAGGCCAUAAACAAAGGGUGGUGUCGUUAGAAAUGUCACCUUUAGACGAUAGUUUAUUGUCAGCAUCUUUGGAUAAUACUGUACGAUUGUGGGAUUUGCGAUCGUCGGCUUGUCAGGGAGUUGUCACCACGACUGGUCGUCCCACCGCUGCAUUUGAUCCUGCUGGCCUAGUAUUUGCAGUGGGCACUAACUCAGGAACUGUCAAAGUAUACGACUUACGAAAUUACGAAUCUGGUCCUUUUGCAACAUGGAAUUUACGCGACGACUACUACUACCCAGAUGGCAUCCCAGAUUGGACAGGGCUUAAAUUCUCAAAUACUGGAAAGAGCAUAUUGAUAAGCACGGUUGGACAGACCAAUUAUCUCAUUGAUGCGUUUGAGGGCCAUGUAAAGCAGCGGUUAAGUGGUCAUUCGCGUCUUUUGGAGACCUCAUAUGGAGAAGAAGCGGGCUUCGCUCCAGACGGUCGAUUUGUGUUUGCAGGUGGACGAGAUGGAGAUCUUCAUAUAUGGGAUUUAGAAAAUCCUGCGAAUGUGGCAGGUCCUAUCCACGACAAUCGGCCUAUGUGUACGUUAACAACGCCGCAUGCCGGAAAUAUUCGAGCGGUCGGAUUCAAUCCACAGUAUAUGAUGAUGGUUACUGCUUCGGAUGAUCUUGCUUUCUGGGAACCUAAAUCCGCGUUGGAUUUGGCUCGAUAGAAACCGAAACAGCAUACAGCAUGCUCCCGUUACCAGUUGUUUUUAUUUUUUAUCUUAUUGAUUUUCGGGCUCACAAGGAUGCUCUGCUUCGAUAAAAGCAGCAUACUCGACAUCGUCCAUUAGCUGCUCCACUUCGUCAUGGUUUGACAGCUUGAUUUGGACAAACCACCCUAUUGAUAUGUACAUUUAAUACUAAAUUUCUUUCCCCCUUACACAUCUUCCGCACUCAUUCAUUAAAGGAAUCACAUACACAUCAUAGCAACACACACGAGCAUAUAUACUCUCACUUAUCCUCACACCUAAUACAGUUGUUUCUUUUCCCAGAAAUAUAC